UAUAACAUGAAAAAUAAUUCAAUGCAAAUGUUUUGUUAGAGAAUUAUAAACGCUGCUAUAGUAACGGAGUAUGUUUAUUAUAUCAGGUUUGACAUUUCUAUCCAAAAAAUAUCAGUAUUAUUAAGACAGUUCCAUUUUAUAAAAUCUCCCGAAUAUUAACCAUUUGUUUUGGAAAAUAUUUAUGGCUACAGCCCCCAGAGAUGGAAUUCGUAUCUUAAACAAGUUAAACGAUUGCACUAUAUGCGACAGCAUACAGAAUAUAGCUCCUUCUCCGACCCUUUGUGAUUUACACGAUUUAAAAAAUCAAAGUACUUCAAAUGAGUGUGUGGACAUUCAAAAUUCGAACAAUAAAAAGGAAUCACCUAAUGAAGAUUCUGAUAGUGAAGACUCCCAAGUAAGUUAUGUCGAUGACUUUGAGGAAGCUGGUGUUUCAGAUAACAGUAUAAAUGACGAUAUCCACAAUCUCGUCACGGAAAGUCGAAAUACAUUUUGCGCUUCUACUACUAAUGAUGUAAGACAUAAUCGUACAUUUCCAGAUCCAGAAUUGAGGGAAAUUGAAAGAAAUAAUGAAAUAUUAAUGAAAAAAAUAUUGUAUCAUAAUCGAAGACCUAACCAGUAUCAAUCAAAAUCUAGUGGAUUUAAAUUAUUAUCAAGCGCGGCAAUCAAUCGGAAACGUCAAGAAGCAAAAAUUGCUAGAGAAAAUCAAAUUCUGUUGAGGAAAAUUCAAAGUGUAAAGUCAUCUUUUCAAAAAUAAAAUUUUUAUAUAGUCA